GGAGCGCGCGGGAAAGAGACCAAUAUAAACUGUGGCGGGAGAUUCGUUUUCGGGGCCUUGUCCCGUGAAACAUCUUCGGCUGGGGAGUCAGUUGGUUGUUCUCAUCUCGUGUUUGAACAUGGUGCGGACUAAAGCAGGCAGUGUCCCUGGCACCUACAGAAAAGUGGUGGCUUCUCGAGCCCCCAGGAAGGUGCUUGGUUCCUCCACCUCUGCCACUAAUUCCACGCCGCUUUCGUCAAGGAAAGCUGAAAAUAAGUAUGCAGGAGGGAAUCCAGUUUGUGUGCGCCCAACUCCCAAGUGGCAAAAAGGAAUCGGAGAAUUCUUCAGGCUGUCCCCUAAAGAUUCAGAAAAAGAGAAUAGGAUUCCUGAGGAGGCAGGAAGCAGUGGCUUGGGAAAAGCAAAGAGAAAUAACUGACACGUUCCAGGGCAAUGAUGGAUUGGAAUCUACUACAAAUCCAAGCAUAAGUAAUCCCAGCAAAUGCACUUAAAAGUCAAAUAACAGGUAUUUCCUAUCACACAUUCUCAUCCAGAUUUAUUUAGCUAAGUUGGAUCAUUUAACUUGAUUCCAAAGAUUAGAAGUGCAUUGACUUCAACCAGUCUUAAAAUAUUGCUUUUUAUUUCUGCAUAUAUUGAAUAAUUUUUACAACUUAAAAAAUUGAUCUGUUUGGAAGGCAUAUUUGACAAAUCUUGCAAUUAAGAGGCAAAUAUAUGAAGGCAGCAAAAAUAAUGUGUAUUAGGUAUUUGGGAAGUGAAGACUGGAAACUUGCCUGCAUUAAAUUCAUAAUUCAUAACUCUUUUGUGCCCUUUCCGUAAAUGUAUAUAUAUAAAUAUAAAACUUAAUGAAUAGGAAUAGCUACACGUGGAGCACUUUCUACAUCAGUCAUUAUUUUUAGAUGGUUCUAAGCCUAAGUGGACUUGAUCCUGGAAAAUAAAACUUUACAUACAACUGCCUUGAUGUACAGAAACCUUUUUAGAAAUAGAAACUCUGUGAAAUCUUUGGUUCACAAGUUCACACAAUGAUGCUUAUAUGUUAAGUAUCCAAUAUGGCCAUAGUACUCUUAAUAAGUUUUAAGCCAAUAUUUGCCAUCUUUAGAAGUCUACACAGGAACAACUAGAUCCAACUCAUCUCAGGUUAUGUGAGCUCUAUGUGUGUGAAUGAACACCUCUUGCUUCAUAUCUGAACACCGUACACCUGUUUUGGAUUGUACUUUGUGUUUGGAAUUGAUUUGCAUUGAACACAACUAAAUAAAAAUAAAUGGUUAAUGAGCAGUUAAAACAAAGUAUUUGACAUAUAAAAUGAUGUUUAUGCAUCUAAAAUUUUAAGACUUACUCAAUACUGUUCAUAGGUCAUUUAGUAAAUUGUUAUCUAAUGAGAUAUUUAAAAGGAGUGUCAAAUUCUGGAGCAGUAACUAAAUUUUAUACUUUGUUGCUACAUCACUAUUAUCAUUUCUGUUUCAAUAAAAUCAACAAGGAAGGGGAUACAUUUUUGGAUAGAGUUUUUUAAUAGACUUGUUUUCAUGAUCCUGUAAGUCUCCUUUAGUUCCUUCUCACUUACUGGCGCCAUUCUUCCUUGUUCUUUCUCAUUCUAAUUUAAACAAGCUAAUAGUCAAUAUUAGCUCUAGAAUAUGUGACAGUCCUCUUGAAUUAUUUGUGACUUAAUGAAAGAAAAUAUUUGGCAAUAUAGCCAAAUAUGGCUAUACCAUUGAUCAUGACAGCAAUAAAACCUAUAUUACAGGCUUCCUAUCAUAUGGAAAAGAUUACACAUAUAGUCUCAUAAAGCACUUUGAUCCAUAGUAUAAUAAAAUCUGUGACA